CCUCCUCACACUCGUUUCUGGUCCAAGUACACAAGUAACCGGCGAAAACAGGUCUCCGGCACCUGAGUCUAUUCUCGUACCAGUAGCCAUCACUCUUGAUUCCGAAACGCCAAGGAUGGUGUCGCCGCACGGGAUUAAACUCGCUGUGCAUCUCAUCUCCACUUAUUUUGGUGAUAUCGUCUCUAAAGUAUGCGAAUGUCUUCUAUGCAAAGGAACAUUAUCGCUGGCGCAAGUGAUAAGAUACACAGAGCUCGGUAAAGAGAGCGUUCGAAACGCUUUACUUGUGUUAAUUCAACAUAAYUGUGUUCAAGCCUUCACUAUUCAACAACCAGGUGGAUUUGGGGAAGCACCAAAGAUUGUGACUCAGUAUAUGGCCUUGCAUGACAAUAUUAUCCACCAUAUGAGGUUUCCUAAGUUUUUAGCUAUUGUGUCCGAUGAAUUUGGACAAGAAUGCAUGGAGCUUUUUGAAGGAUUGCUUCAACAUGGUAGGUUAUCGUUUAAUCAGAUYAUGGAUAGGCAUAAGGAUAAGCAUAGGGCUGUCGUKACUAGUGGAGAAAAUAGCACCGCUGCUAAUGUGUUGCAUGAAAACUUCAAUACAUUGAUUCAGGCCUGCUAUAUUGAAAGAUGCCCUGCUCAUGAACCAUUUCUUGCACCAGAGGAAGGAGAUGCUCCUGCAAAGAAACGAACUGCUAGGUCUAAGAUGGGUGAUGUACCACAAACCUUAGAGGCACGUGCAUUAGCGGCUGCGGCUCCCAUGGAAUCAAUAAGAUUUUUAGUUGAAGCAGAUACAUUGAGCAAUGGUGCCCUUGAUGACAAUAGCAAAAAAAGUUCUACUACAGAAAUUGUUGGGGAAAAGCGCAAACAAGAUUCUUUGGAACCCAAACCAAAUAAAGAAAUACUUUGGCGCGUCAAUUUUGAGGAAUUCGUACGACGUCUUCGGCAUAAGUCUUGUGUUUCCCAUGUGACAACACGCAUSGACAGUAUAGCUGGCAUUGUUUUAAGUGCAAUUUUUGAGGCAAGUAGAAGAGAAGAAACUAAAGUGAAAAUGGAAAAAACAGUUCCCCUUCCCAUGAACACUAUCUUUGAGGAAGCAAUGAAAAGUGAAGAAGGUCGGAGUUUGACGUUAGAGCGUGUUAGAGCAUCCCUUGUCCAAUUGGGUUGUGAACUCCCCACACUUGGAAUAGAYGAAACAUAUAGUGUUGACUUGAAGAAAAUCAUUGAUCAGGCUCAAGCCCAAGAGGUCCUUUCUGUUUUAUACAUCAUAUUAUGA